AUGUGUGAUGAUAACCAGUUAUGCCGUUGGUAUUUGGAAAUGAAAGGGUAUAAAUUUACAACAGAAAAUUUACAACAUAUGGAUGAAUAUCGUCAUGAAAAACAGAAAUGUCGUUAUGGUCGGGAAUGUCGAGCAUUCAAUCGCUUAUUGCAAAACGGAUAUCGUUUAGAUGAUAUUGGACAUUGUUCAAUUUAUUUUCAUCAAGGUAGAAGGGGAGGCACUACUGUUGAGGAAAAUUUUGGCUCAAAAAAAUUUAUCACUGCUUAUCAAAAUUGGGGAGUUGAUUUACCAAAAGGAACCGGUUUCAGGAAUGGAAUAGUAGAAGAUGGACAACUCAUUAAAGAACUUGAAAAGAAUAACUAUGCCCAUGUAAUGACUCUUACAAGUGGACCAUAUAAAACCUUGAAUGAUGUAGCUCGAGAAAAGUUGAGACAUCCACGACACCGGAAAAUGGGAUCACCGCUGUUCCAUGAUCAAAUGUUGGCAGUUCUUUUAUAUACAGAUACUGACGUAUACGUAGAUUUGCGACAGGACGAAAUGAGAUACUCCAAACAGGAUUUCGCACACAUAAAUCUAUCGCAGAUCGAGAAACCCAAAUGGCCGGUGCUUGGAAGUCUUUUGGCUUCCGCGAUUUGGUUUCUAGAUGAAAAUGACAAUAAGCCUCGUCCACCAACAGUCUAUCAUGGAUUAAAUGAAAUCAAAAUCGAUCCAUCCGCAUUUAACAACUACGGAACAACGAAAGUUUAUUCAGAAAAUGACGAACCGGUGUUCAAAUAUGGAACAUUCAUCAGUACUUCAUGGGAUGAAGAUGUUGCACGAGCGUUUUCCAGGGGCAAAGGCGCCUUACUUGAGAUUGAUCUGAACACGGAUUCAGGAAUAGAGCCAUUAAUAGGAGCUGAUGUCUCAUGGAUAUCUAAAUUUUCAUCGGAAUGCGAGUUCUUAAUAGCAAGAAGUGCCACAUUUGCUAUCAAGUCGAUUGAUAUAUCCCAAGACGAAGAUUAUCAAAUUGUCAAAGUCAAGGAGGGACCGUUUUCUCACAGUCGUAUGAAGUUUCAUAAUAAAUAUAGAUCUUAG